CGGCUUUUUGGUUACCAUACACUGAGAGCCUCCAGGGAGCUGCUCUAUCAUCUUGCACUCCGUCUACUUCUCUUCCGCCUACAUCGCCCACCUCGCCCACAUAAGCUGCUCUCCCACCCCUCCAUUGUUCUGUGCAGCUAUUCGAGAGCCUUCCCUCGGCAAUGGCGCCCUCCGGUCCCCGAAAGGGCCCAGCCUCUUCUGGUCCGCAAGGCGCCCGAGGUCCUGGUUCGAACGGCGCGAAGACGACCACCCGAGACAGGAUUUCCAAGCGUCGCAGCAAUCAAGCCAAGAGGCUUGAUCGGGAUGGAGAUUUGGACAUGGAAGGUCCUGGCGCGGCAAACGGCUCGUCUCGAAAACCGAAGCGUGCCAACGACCCUUCCACACACGGACUCGCGUCUCGGGCCACCCGACCCUCGGGAACCGGAUCCCGCGCACCGAGGCCGACGACGAAGGCGCAACAGAUCAUACAACGAGUCAUUACUGGCGGUAGCGGCAGCCUGUCGUCCCGUAUCGCAAACGGGGUGUCUGGGGGAGCUAACGCCUUCAAGGGCCAGCAGAUCAAUGCAUCACAAACAAUGGUCCUAAGGGUUGAAGGACUCAAGUCGAGCAAAGCCGCCAGUAAUGAGGGAGGCGGACUUAAGGAGCUAUUAAUAUUCCUGGAACGCAAGGCCCAGACCGUCGGCAAAGCCACACGACCUAUUAAGAUUAAGAAGUCACAAAUCAAUGGUGACUUUGUCUAUGUAACAGCAAGCAAGGAAGACGGAGAAGAGAUCCUGAAAUUGAACGGUUUCGGCUUCGCCGGAAGCGUCCUUGCCAUCACCGAAUCUCCACACACCCUGGUCUCCGGCGGCGAGGCCGCCAUGUCCUCCAACGCACUCGAGAUCAAGGAGCAGCUUCGUAGCGUCCUCAGCGUACGGUACGACGUCGGAGCGAAGCUGCUCAAUUUAUCCGCCCUGGGUGAAGAUACCGUGUUGAAUCAGAUGGGCGUCUUCCACGGCCAGAGUACUCCGGAGAAGCUGUUUCGUGCUCUGAUGGCGGUUUGUGACGGAUUGUUCAAGACAAGCCAGGAAAAACGCGACGCGGUUGUCAGCAUCAGUCUUUCGAACAACAAUAUCGACGAUGUUCUUCAAAUAAUGGCCUUGACCGAAACGUUCCCGGAUCUAGUAAAUUUGGACUUGAGUCACAACCAUUUUAAGGAUCUGAAGGGCCUUCAGAAAUGGCGCUAUCGCCUUGGGAGUCUGCAGGCGCUACUCCUCAACGGCAAUCCGAUCGAAACGCUCAACCCCAAUUAUAAGGCGGAUAUCACGGCUUGGUUCCCAAAGCUGCAAAACCUGAGCGGCACCCUGGUUAGAACUCCGGAGCAAGUUGCCGCUGAGGAGGCUGCCUCGCGGCCGACCCCGAUCCCGCAGCACGGCGCGGACUUUCGGGAUAUCAAUUGCGUUGGCGAAGGUUUCCUCGGAGAGUUUCUUACUAUGUACGAUACGGAUCGACACGGCCUAGCCGCCAAGUAUUACGACGACCAAAGCAGCUUCUCGAUCUCGGUCAACUCGCAGUCCCCGCAUCCGCCAGACAUCCAGCCACCCGGCUGGGGUGCGUAUAUCAAGUUCUCACGCAAUCACACCAAAAUUACGCACACUCAGCCUAGAAUACAGCGUCUAUUCUCCGGGACGAAUCUCAUCCAGAGCGUGUGGCAACAGCUUCCCCCUACGCGCCACCCGAAUUUAACGGCGGAGCUUGACAAAUACAUCAUCGACUGCCAUCCUAUCCAUGGUCUCUCGGACCCAACUAGGCCGGGUCCGUCGAGCGUUGACGGAAUGGUCAUAACUAUGCACGGAGAAUUCCAGGACCAGGAACCUGGUACCCUCAAGACAGCGAGGCGAAGUUUCUCGCGCACGUUCGUUCUCGGCCCGGGCGUGCCAAGCCGAAACCCCAUUCGGGUCAUCAGCGACACCCUCGUCGUCCGGGUUUUCAGCCCGCUACCUACCUCCACCCCAGAACAGGGUACGCGGCCUAGCGAAGAGAUUCAGAAGCAGCAGAUGGUUGUGGAGCUUUGCAAGGGAACGGGUAUGACGCAGGAAUAUUCGAGGCUUUGCCUAGACGGCGCCAACUGGAACUUUGACCAAGCCCUAGCUUCGUUCAACGAGAAGAGGGCACAACUGCCCCCCGAAGCCUUCGGGCCGGCCUGAGGAAAUGUGGUUAUGCCAUAGUUAGACGGCGGCGGAAUUACGACUCUCGCACACGUUGGUUGCAUCGUUGAUGGCGUUCACGGCUCAUGACUCUACACGGCGGAAGGGGAGGGGGAUGGCGGUUUUGGAGGCUUGCGGCAAGGCACGCGUUCACU